AUUAGAAAAAAAACAAUGGCCACAUUGACUUCCUCUUCCUUAAAAUAUUCAGCUUUUGUUCUAAUAGUGCUAUAUGCCUUGACCUUUUCAUUCUCACUAGUAAGUGCACGACCCGCCACUUUUUUACAGGAUUUUAAAAUCGCAUGGUCUGACUCUCACAUCAAACAACUCGAUGGCGGCAGGGGAAUUCAACUUAUUCUCGACCAAAAUUCAGGAUGUGGAUUUGCUUCGAGAAGCAAAUACCUGUUUGGACGUGUUAGCAUGAAGAUCAAGCUCGUUCCUGGUGACUCUGCAGGAACCGUUACUGCCUUUUACAUGAACUCGGACACAGAUACCGUAAGAGACGAACUUGACUUCGAAUUCUUGGGAAACCGGACAGGGCAGCCGUACACUGUUCAGACGAAUGUUUAUGUCCAUGGAAAAGGUGACAAGGAACAAAGGGUUAACCUUUGGUUUGAUCCAUCCGCUGAUUUUCACACCUACACCAUUUUUUGGAACCACCAUCAAGCCGUGUUCUCCGUGGACGGAAUACCCAUUAGAGUGUACAAGAACAACGAAGCAAAAGGAAUCCCAUUCCCCAAAUUCCAACCCAUGGGUGUUUACUCAACAUUGUGGGAAGCUGACGACUGGGCUACAAGGGGUGGCUUAGAGAAAAUAAAUUGGAGCAAAUCCCCAUUUUACGCAUAUUACAAGGAUUUUGACAUAGAAGGAUGUGCAAUGCCAGGACCAGCAAAUUGUGCCUCGAACCCAAGUAAUUGGUGGGAAGGACCUGCUUAUCAGCAACUCAGCCCCGUACAAGCAAGGCAAUAUCGUUGGGUUCGAAUGAACCAUAUGAUCUAUGAUUAUUGCACCGACAAAUCCAGAAACCCCGUUCCACCACCAGAAUGUAGGGCCGGAAUAUGAAACUUUUCCUUAAUUGUGUAUACAUAAGGGGCGAAAUGAAAUAUGUGCCCAUUGAUAUGGACAGUCACGCUUAUGUCUUAUCAAUGCUCCGUUGUUAUAUGUACUAAUGAGUGGCCUAAAGUCAAAUGUCGUUUUAUUGCUGUAAUAUAUUGUUUAUUGCAUGUAUAUGUAUUGUACACUGUAAGAGAGCCAAUAAUUAAUGUUUCUUCUUGUUUGAUUGAGAUAUUAGUAAUGUGAUGUAUGUUUCUUCGUCUUUUGUCUAAA